CACAAUCUUGUUUGUUUUCUCCAACACGAAGAGAGAGAGAGAAGAAGCAAAAAAAAAAAAAAAAAAAAAAAAAANACGUUACGAGCUCUCUUCUUCGGUUGCGCGAUUGAAGCUUGAAGUUGCAUCUUUAUAGUGAACAUUCGAUAUGGCUGAUAACAACGGUGAAGGAAGCCCCGAGGGCUAUGCUUUCCCUCUCAGGAACCCUAAUGUUACCCUGAACGAGAGAAACUUUGCAGCCUUCACUCACCGAUCAGCUGCUGCUCAUCCUUGGCAUGACUUGGAGAUUGGUCCGGAAGCUCCUGCUGUUUUCAACUGCGUUGUUGAAAUUAGCAAAGGUGGCAAGGUUAAGUAUGAGCUAGACAAGAACAGUGGCCUUAUCAAGGUUGAUCGUGUUCUUUACUCAUCCAUUGUGUACCCCCACAACUACGGUUUCAUUCCACGAACUAUCUGUGAAGACAGUGAUCCAAUAGAUGUCCUGGUGCUGAUGCAGGAGCCUGUGCUAACCGGAUCAUUCCUCCGUGCCCGUGCUAUUGGUCUAAUGCCCAUGAUUGAUCAGGGUGAAAAAGACGACAAGAUAAUUGCAGUAUGUGCCGACGAUCCUGAGUUCCGUCACUACAGAGAACUCAAUGAGCUUCCCCCUCACCGUCUAGCUGAAAUCCGCCGCUUCUUCGAGGACUGUAUCCACAACAUAACAUCCCAUAUUGCAUCUAACUUUAAAUUUUGUUUUAGCUUGGUGCUUUAUUUUCAGUUUUCACUUAACAUACAACUUUUAGACAAGAAGAACGAGAACAAGAAAGUCGACGUUGAAGCUUUCCUUCCAGCUCAAGCUGCCAUAGCUGCAAUUAAGGACUCCAUGGAUCUUUACGCAGCUUACAUCAAAGCUGGCCUGCAACGCUAAUGAAGAAACUAGUCAACUCCGUUCCUCCUGGUUCACGUUGAUGUCACUGUCAUUGAAGCAGCCUUCUAUACUUGGUGCAUUUUCGUAAUGCACAUCAAAAAACAUUGUCGAACUUAAAGCUUUCUGAUAAUGAUGAUGAAAAACUUCUAGUACAAUCAUUUAAGCUU